UUACACAAACGUAAACUUUGUCGACUUAACUCUAGAGCUGAGUUGGAUAUGAAUACGAUAGACUUUUAAAAGUAAUGAAAUCAAAUUCAAAUCUUUUAUCUGCAUAACAAACUAAUCACAAUGACCACCGUUCCACCGAUUAGUCCGUCACGUUCUUUUAUCUUUCUCAUUGUUUUCAUCCACCUCCCCGUUUGUAAUUUCAAAGAUUCCAUUCCUUUCCGUUCUUAUCUUGAUAUUUAUUUUAAAUUCCUACAAAACCUCCCACCCUUCUGCUUAUUACACGAGCAAAGUCCAAUGUAUUUAAGUACUUUUGUUGCAUGCAUAUUUUAUUUAUGACUACUCAUUAACUUUGAGUACUUGUUCAUCAGAUCAUAUAGAUUACACAAAUGGAGCGUAGUAAUCGCGGGAGACAAGGCCGUGGCAGAGGCAGAGGUGGAGGAAGAGGAGAAAAUAAUUAUCAGUACUUCCGAAAUGGCGGUGCAGGUGACCAUAGCCAGAAUGGUCAGUUUCAGAAUGGUGGUGGCGGCAAUGGUUACUGUCAUCAGUAUAAUCAGAAUGGUGGCAAUGGAUACUGUCAUCAGCCAGCUGGAAGAGGAGGAUAUUAUGGUGGCGGCGGUGGUGGUGGAGGUAGGGGUGGGAAACAGCUGCGGAGUAAUCAACCACCAUGUCAGUGGACUCAGAAGGUCCAAAAUGGAGGUGGACCUCCCUCGGCUGUGGUGGGGACUGCUGUUUUAGCUCCUGCUCAUCCUCAGACAAGUGAUGCUAAGAUUCUUACUGAUGUGAAGCAGGUACAAGUAUCAGAUAGUCCCCCUUGUUCAGAGUAUAAACUUGUGCCGAUGAGAAGGCCUGACAAGGGCGGUCUGGUUGCUGUGAGGCCAUCCCGCCUUCUCGUCAAUCAUUUUCCUGUGAUGUUCGAUUCACAAAACACCAUAAUGCACUAUGAUGUGACUGUUAAACAAGAGGUUGCUCCUAGGAGCCGGGCUGCAAAGAAAGCAAUCCCAAAAUCUGAUUUGAUUUUAAUCAGGGAGAAGCUUUUCUCUGACAAGAGCAAAGGAUUUCCAAUGCAGAUGACUGCAUAUGACGGCGACAAGAACAUUUUCAGUGCUGUCGUGCUUCCUACAGGGUCAUUCAAGGUCGAGUUAUCUGAGGGCGAAGACAAAAACAGUCGUACUUACACAUUUACAAUCAAGCUUGUAAAUGAGCUUAAACUCUCCAAGUUGAAAAACUAUUUGUGUGGAAACCUUAUGAAUAUGCCUCGUGAUAUACUUCAUGGGUUAGAUUUGGUAAUGAAGGAGAAUCCGUCUAAGCAUAGGAUUUCCAUUGGUCGAAGCACAUAUUCGAGGGAAUUUAGGAGAGAAGAUGACUUGCGGUGUGGGCUUGCAGCAUUUAAAGGCUUUCAGCAAAGUUUAAAGCCAACCUCCCAGGGACUAUCAUUGUGUUUAGACUACUCAGUCUUGGCAUUUCGCAAGCCACUGCCUGUUGUAGACUUCCUUAAAGAGCAUCUCAGAGGUUUCGUAGGGGUAAAUGAUAUCAGAAGGUUGAAAAGAGAUGUGAUAUUUGCAUUGAAGGGAUUGAAAGUAAAUGUCACUCACCGAAUCACGAAACAGAAGUACACUAUAUCAGGACUGACAGAUCAGAACACCAAGGACUUAACAUUUCCUCUUGAGGAUCCAGAAGGCAACAAUCCACCAACAAGAGUUAGUCUUGUGGAUUAUUUCAGACAGAAAUAUAGAAAGGAGAUUAUGUAUAAGGACAUUCCCUGCUUAGAUGUGGGAAAGAAUCAUAGAAAAAAUUAUGUUCCUCUGGAGUUCUGUGUUUUGGUCGAGGGGCAGAGGUAUCCGAAGGAGAAUUUGGAUAAAGAUGCUGCUUUGCUGCUAAAGAGGAUAUCACUGGCCCCUGCGCUGGAGAGAAAGAACACAAUUUGUCAAAUGGUUCGAGCCGAUGAUGCACCUUGUGGCGGGGAGUUCAUAAAGAAUUUCGGAAUGGAUGUUGUGAAGAACAUGACAUCCGUUGUAGGCCGCAUCAUAUCACCUCCUGAUCUAAAGCUCGCCACUCCAGCUGGUAAAAUUCAAGUCAUUAAAGUCGACAAGGAGAAAUGUCAGUGGAACCUUCUCAAAAAUUCAGUGGUGGAUGGAAAAUCCGUUGACCAUUGGGCUUUGAUUGAUUUCAGUUCAUCAGAUCGCUACAAUAGGCUGAAUAAAGAAAAUUUCGUCAGGAGCCUAAGAGGUCGUUGUAAAAAUUUAGGGAUUGAAAUGGCGGAGCCUCUGGCAUCCCGGGCUACUGACAUGCAUUCGUUUACAGAUGUCAACAGACUGAGAGAACUUCUCGAAAAAGUUAUUGACGAAGCCAGGAGAAAGAGCUCAGGUCAGCUACAAAUGAUACUUUGUGUGAUGAGUGGAAAGCAUCCUGGUUAUAAGUACCUUAAAUGGGUUUCAGAGACUCAAAUAGGCGUAAUCACCCAGUGUUGUCUGUCAAGUCACGCGAACAAAGGGAACGAUCAGUAUCUAGCCAAUCUUGCCUUGAAAAUAAAUGCCAAGCUUGGGGGCAGCAAUGUGGAGCUGAAUGACAGUCUACCAUGUCUUGGUGGCGCUGAUCCUGUCAUGUUCGUGGGGGCUGAUGUGAAUCAUCCUGGCGCGUGGAAUCUGACAUGUCCAUCGAUAGCAGCCGUUGUUGCCUCUGUCAAUUGGCCAACUCCUACGCGCUAUGCAGCCAGAGUUUCACCCCAAACUCAUCGCAAAGAAAAGAUUGUGAAUUUUGGAGCCAUGUGCUUGGACCUUGUCAACACAUUUGCUAGACUCAACAAUGUGAGGCCAAACAAAAUUGUGGUGUUCCGCGAUGGGGUGAGUGAGGGCCAAUUCGACAUGGUCCUCAACGAGGAGCUACAAGAUCUAAAAAGCGCCAUCUACGACGACAACUAUCACCCAACAAUCACACUUGUCGUUGCACAAAAACGACACCACACUCGCCUCUUUCUCGAGGACCAAGGAGGCGAUGGGCGCAGAAACAUCUCUCCAGGAACAGUUGUCGACACAGUAGUCGUGCAUCCAUUCGAGUUCGAUUUCUAUUUGUGCAGCCAUUACGGGAGCCUCGGCACAAGCAAGCCCACACACUACUAUGUGCUGUCAGAUGAGCACAAUUUCACUUCGGAUCAGCUGCAGAAGCUCAUAUACCAGCUCUGCUUCACCUUUGCUAGGUGCACUAAGCCCGUGUCUCUUGUGCCCCCAGUGUACUACGCCGAUCUGGUGGCUUACAGGGGACGAAUGUUUCAAGAGGUGGUGAUGGAGAUGCAGUCACCUCGCUCAGCUUCGUCCACAACUUCGUUCACAUCGUCCACUUGCUCCUCGGCGACUUCGUUUGAUGACACGUUCUACAAACUUCACGCGGAACUACAAAAUAUAAUGUUUUUCAUAUGAUAGCCAGUGUCAAAUGAUCUACCUUCUCAAGAUAUUUUUGUCUUUAAUAAGUCGACUUCUGAUUAUUUUUUUCCCAAACAAUAUUUAAUUCAUAUAUUAAUAAGGUCC